UGGAAAUAAAACUUUGUUUAGUUUUGCGAGUUUUGUCCGUCGUGUACGUUGUAGUUUACGUCCGUCGAACCUGUUGCGUUUAUGUGAACCAAAAUCGUGCGUGAUGCCUAACCGGUGUAACUGCAAGAAAAAGUGUUUUUAACCCACACGUGAGUGUUUCCGAAGCAACGAUGGGUCUAGGGCUGUCGAAAGAGGGCCCUUGUCAGGAGCCCGAAAGACCGGAAAGUGUAAUUUCGGCGAAAUUGCAUGGAAGACAAGCCAGCAUCAGACAAAGUACCAUCAGGGCAAAAUCGAAGCAACCCAUGCCCGAUCCCAGCGAACUGGAAAGAAGAUUCACCAAAGUGCUGGCCUCCAUGGAUUUGCCGCCCGACAAGGCGAAGCUCCUCAAGAACUACGACUCGGAGAAGAAAUGGGACAUCAUCUGUGAUCAGGAAAUGGUCCACGCUAAGGAUCCGCCCUCGUACUACUUGAAUAAAUUACGGACUUAUCUCGACCCGAAAGCGUCCAGAAGCCAUAGGAAACGAAAAAUGGUGGGAGAAUCGACCUCAACGCAAGUUCUUCGCGACUUGGAGAUUUCCUUACGAACCAACCACAUCGAAUGGGUUAGAGAAUUCCUAAACGAAGAAAACAACGGCUUAGACGUCCUCAUCGACUACUUGAGUUUCCGUUUGGGCAUGAUGAGGCACGAACAGCGAAUAGCGGAAUCGCGAACAGCGUCAGAAGAACGUUUAAACCCCAAUCAAACAUUAAGUCCCGUUACGACAACACUAGAUAAACAGAACGGUUACAUUAGGUCCCCAUUAGAUAUCCCCGACAGUCCGAGCAUAAAAAGGCGCUCGAAACACGUGGCAAAAUUGAAUAUGGGCGAAUCGAAAGACGAUAUUCACGUUUGCAUCAUGUGCAUGAGGGCUAUAAUGAACAAUAAAUAUGGAUUUAAUAUGGUAAUUCAGCAUAGGGAAGCUAUCAAUUGUAUUUCGCUAAGUCUCAUUCACAAGAGUUUGAGGACGAAGGCGCUGGUGUUGGAGUUGUUGGCGGCGAUUUGUUUAGUUAAGGGUGGACAUGAGAUUAUUUUAUCGGCGUUCGACAACUUCAAGGAGGUGUGUCAUGAGGUGCACCGGUUUCAGACUUUAAUGGAUUAUUUUCUCAACUACGACGUCUUCCACAUCGAGUUUAUGGUAGCCUGUAUGCAAUUCGUCAACAUAAUCGUCCACUCCGUCGAAGACAUGAACUUUCGCGUCCAUCUACAAUACGAAUUCACAGCUUUAGGUUUGGACAACUAUCUCGAAAAGCUCAGGUUCACCGAAAGCGAAGAACUCCAAGUACAAAUUUCGGCUUACCUAGACAAUGUGUUUGAUGUUGCAGCACUCAUGGAAGACAGCGAAACGAAAACAGCAGCCUUAGAAAAAGUAGGAGAGUUAGAAGACGAACUUGCACAAAUGCACGAACGAAUACAAGACGUCGAACACCAAGCCUUAGAAAAAAUCGCCUUUCUAGAAACCGAACUCGUCCAAAUCCGACAAGAACGAGACGAACUAGCCGAAUUUAAACGACACGCCGACGAAGAAGUCAGCACGUUGAGACGAGUCGUCCAACACCACGAACAGGAGUCGAAGAACCGCCAGUCGAUGUUCGAGUCGAAGAUCGCCGAACUGGAGAGCGCCACCAAGGGAUCUUCAAUGUCUGGUUUGUCCGACAUCCUGACGACGACGCCCCCCGACUCCACCACCUCGCCCUCCGUCUCGAAUACCCCCAACUCGCCUGUGAUACCGCCCCCCGCGCCGGUCGCGCCGCCGCCGCCCCCGUGCCCGCCGCCUCCCCCGUCCAGAGUGCCUUCAGCCCCCGUUCCGCCGCCCCCCGCCGGGUUCAUGCAAGCUCCAGACGGUGCCAUGACCAUCAAACGCAAAGUCCAGACCAAGUACAAGCUCCCGACUAUCAACUGGAUCGCGCUAAAGCCCAAUCAGGUCCGAGGGACCAUCUUCAACGAGUUGGACGACGACAAGUUGCACUGCCACAUCGACUUCAACGACUUCGAGGAGCGGUUUAAGAUCGGUAAUGCGGGUUUGUUGGCCAACGGGAACAGCGAGAUCGAUGGUUUGUCGACUUUCCCGAGCAAGAGGUUUAAGAAACCCGAAAAUGUGACGUUGUUGGAGCACACGAGGUUGAGGAAUAUUGCGAUUUCGAGGAGGAAGCUCGAGAUGUCGCCCGAGAAAGUUAUAAAUGCGAUAAAUAUGUUGGAUCUGAAGCAGCUGUCGCUGGAGAACGUGGAGUUGUUGCAGAGGAUGGUGCCGUCGGAGCAGGAGACGAAGGCGUAUAGGGAAUACGUGAGCGAGAAGAAGAACGUGAACUUGCUGACGGAGGAGGAUAAGUUUUUAUUGCAGUUGACGAAGGUCGAGAGGAUUUCGGCGAAGUUGUCGAUUAUGAGUUAUAUUGGCAACUUCUACGACAAUUUGCAUCUGAUUGCGCCUCAAACCCACGCUAUCAUUUCUGGCUCCAAUUCUGUAAAGAAUUCGAAGAAACUCAGAUCGGUGUUGGAAAUAAUCCUAGCCUUUGGUAAUUACUUGAACAGUAGCAAGCGUGGGCCUGCCUAUGGAUUCAAAUUACAAUCCCUCGACACUCUCUUGGACACAAAAUCAACAGACAAGCGAACGUGUCUCCUUCACUACAUAGUUUCAACCAUCAGACAAAAAUUCCCCGAAUUGCUCAGCUUUGAUUCGGAUCUCCACUACAUAGAGAAAGCUGCAGUUGUUUCUCUAGAAAACAUCACCACUGAUGUCCACGAAUUAGAGAAAGGAAUGGAAGCGGUCCGAAAAGAAGCGGAAAUUCGUGGAAAAGGCGCCCACAGUAUAGUAGUGCGCGACUUCCUCGCCAACGCCGAAGAGAAACUGCGCCGGUUGAGAAACGACGCGAAAGCGGCACAAGAAGCCUUCAGAGAGUGCGUCGAAUAUUUCGCGGAAUCGCCGCGAACGACCGACGCGAAUUCCUUCUUUUCGCUCUUAGUCAGGUUCGUGAAGGCGUUCAAGCACGCUGAUCAGGAGAACGAGCAAAGAAGGAGGCUGGAAAUCGCCGCCCAGAAUGCCAACAAUAAGACCAACGAGGACGUCGCCAAAAAGAAUAAAAUCAACCAGAAGAAGCAGCAGGACGCUGUGAUAAACGAACUAAAGCACAAAACAAGACUGGUACAAGAAAAGAAACUUCUCCAACAGGACGAAGUGUAUAACGGUGCUUUGGAAGACAUUUUGUUAGGACUUAAAAGUGAACCGUACCGAAGAGCGGACGCCGUCAGAAGAAGUCAAAGAAGAAGGAUAGAUAAUAAUAGGUUGUCCAAAACAAUGGAGGAGCUCGAAGUGUAAUUAUUCCGGAUUUUUGUACAUAUUUUUGUAAAUUUUGGUCUUAGCUCUCUGAAUUUUGUAUGAUAUUAAAGAAUUGUUAUUGUAUUUAAAUAUUUUUGUAUAUAAGGCAAUUUUAUAAAGUACUAUUAGUUGUAGGGCUAUUUUUAUAAAAGUUUAAGAUGUACACUGAGCAAACCACCAAGGCACAUUCCUUAUCUUUGUCAGUGGUGUGUUUUAUUUUUUUGUGAUUGAAUAUUUAAAUUUUGUAUAGUAAGUUUGUUUUGAAGAUAGUGAGCAAUAAAGAUUAUUGAUUUUAAUAUAA